UUUUUCUUUUCGGCCUAACAGCUGCAUAUAAGAAAAUGCGCUUUGCCACAUCGACAAACCAAAUGGCGGAGCUGCUGCAACUCGAAGACGAAUUAAUUCUGGAUAUGAGCCAAUACGUGGAAGCCCUUCAGCUUAAAAUUAAUACAAUGAGAAGGUUUCAAAAGGAAUGGGAACACCGACUGGAUCAGGCUGACGAUAAUCCAACAACUCAUGUUGCGAAUCCACUCGUAAGUUUUCCUCUUUUACGACGAAUGCAUAUAGACACACCAAAGUGGUUAAAAUACGCUGAAGAGGAUGUUAGCUAUGACAAAUUUGUGAAUCAGGAUCUAAGGCACAUUAAUCCAAUGGAACUUCAAGAAGCUGCUAAUGGCUUUUUCCAAUUUUUUAACGUUUACAGCCUAAAGGAAAAUGAGGUGGCUAAUGGUAAAAUAUAUGGCAAGCAGUAUAGCUCUAGAUUAAGUUCAGCGGAUUGCUUAGCUUUGGGGAAACACUUGGAGAAUCUUAAACUAGGCAAUCAGGCUGUCAAUUGGUUUAAUAUCUCCCUUGAUCGCUAUGAGGAUAGAUUGGAUCCUAUUCAUAAGAUAUUAGAAUCAAGUCGUUCUCAAAUUUGGCAGAGUAUGGGAAUAACUUUAAUAAAAAUGCAAAAACUGCCAGAGUCCUAUGUAGCCUUUAAAAAGUCCCUAGAACUAGCCUCAAAGCAUGAUAAUACCUGGUCGGCUUAUCACUUGUUAAACAACUUGGCCCAUAUGUUUAUUCAUUUGGAAACGUGUCGUGGUAGGAAUACGACUCCAAACAAAUCGAAUUUGCGAUGCCGCUACUUCACCGAAGGAUCCCCAUUCCUUCGAUUGGCGCCGCUUAAGUUGGAGCAGCUUAAUCUAGAGCCUUUUAUUGGGAUUUUCCAUGAUGUAAUCUCCAAAGAUGAGCAGGAGGCUCUGAUAAAUCAUACAAGCAACCGGUUAAAACAACUAAACGCGCAUAGAGCGGUUAUGGAAGCCAAAGUUGAAUUAAAUGCUUCGAAACAUGUCGGAAGGAUACAUCAAAGGAUUGAGGAUAUGACUGGACUUGAUUUGGAAGAAAGUCCACCCCUAAGCGUCCAAAAUUAUGGAAUAGGUGGUCAGCACACUAUUCAUCUGGAUUGUGAGCAAUUUACGGACUCAGGAGAGCCCCAGCCUCAAUCUUAUAGGUCGGCAAAGGUGCUAUUUUAUUUGAGUGAUGUACAAAUGGGUGGUUAUGCCUCUUUUCCGGAACUAGGCUUUGGCUUCAAGCCCUCUAGAGGAUCCGCCUUGGUCGCCCACCAACUGGAUAACGCUGCUAAUUGUGAUAUUCGCAGCCUGCAGGCCUCCUGCCCUGUGCUCCUUGGAAGCCACUGGGUGGCCAGCAAGUGGAUCAGUGGGUCAGGACAAUGGCGCAGGAAGCCCUGUCGGAUGUAAAGAAAAGCGCGAUUUUCCAUUCGGUUUUUCUUUUUCCACUUUUGCGAUAAUUUAUUCAAUAAUUUUGUCGGUAUUUAUAUU